GCUGACGUCGGCGAAAUGAAAUCGGCUCGCUGCACUGUCGCUCACAGAAUGGAAGUAGCCGAGGAGCCGACACGGACUUUACUCGCCUGACUUAGCAGUAUAUUGAACUCGCUGUCUACUCGCCCCCUAUUUGUGUCUUCUUCUUCCCCCUGAGCCGUAUUCAACCACAACAACGAAGUCCGUCUCAGUGGUCGCUCGUCUCAUAGUGCCCCCGUAUGGACGAUGAGGAGGAUGAUGUCUUUGAGCCAGACCCCCACUGCUGGCGCACCACAUUCAGGGAGAUAAAGUGUGAAGACCGGGGCACACAGACACCUGGCCCUGCCCUGGCACUGAACAACGGCAUGCUGCCCUGUGGAGUCGCAGAGGAGCCCAGACCACUCUUCUACGGCAACGCGGGUUUUCGAUUGCACUUCCCGGCACACUUUGAGCUUUUUGGGGAUCAGGAAGUGAGGGGACACGAGAGCGAAGAGGAGCGAAGCGGGAUGGAGCAGCUACCGCGGCAGCAGCAGCCUGUGGCGCACAGCGUGGAGGCCUGCAUUGGCCAGAAACUCCAGCUGAUAGGAGACCAGUUUCACCGGGAACACCUACAACUGUAUCAUCGAAACCAAAGGAACCAGGGGCCGCUGUGGUGGCGCCUGGCCGCAGCUCUGCUCAGCCUUCUGUUUGACAGGGGGUUCCUUGCUGGAGGAGGUGGAGCGGGACGGAGGUGAGGGGGGGUUGGCCUUACUCUCACUCUAUGAGGAACUGGACUCCUAAUGGCACUGUCAAAUCUAACACGGGUCUGGGGUUUUUUGGACGAGGGGGUGGGUCGAACAGAAAGGAGUCGCCGCGGGACGGAGACAACCAACUUUUAUAAAAAGGUCGUGUGUUUAUUUCUUUCCAAGAAGAUGCCAUGAUGCUCCGAGAUUCCUCCGCAGGACAAAGUUCAUAUUUUCGUAUAUGUGUGGUGUAGUAGUUUUUGUACAGUUCCAUUGUUCUUGUUCAAUUUUUUGCACUUCAACAUUUAUCCAUCUUAAAGGACCUCCACGGACCCUGGGAAUGCCUUAUUCAAUGUCUUCUUCUGCCAGAAUGAGUAUUGAGCAAUUUUGACAGGCAUGAUGAGAUGGUUAGGAAAUAUGGUGUGAGGUUACAUCUUUUUUUCCCCUUUUUCUUUGGAAGAUUCCCAGGUGAUCAGCCUAGGUGAUUUACUAAUUUUCCAAAGAGGCAACUUCUCAGAACAAAGCAUUUUGCACCCCACCUCAAUGGAACAAUUAUCUUAGAUUUUUCCCUGUGUGUUUUCUUUGUCCUCCAUCCACCUCGGUGCGGUAUUAAGUUUGAACAUUAUCCACCAGUGUCAUUCAAAAUACUUGGAACAAAGGAACAUUUCUGCACAGGGAAAAAAGUCUGCACACCAGCAACUGUAAUCUAAAUAAUUUGUUUAGAGGCAAGAACUCUUCAGUCACGUGCUGCAUGUCAAACCGUUAGUUUUUUGUUUUUUAAUGGAUUGCAAAGUUUCGGGGCGGAGUGCGGCACUGAACAACACUCACUGGUCUAACAAGCCUGGCGUCUGCCGAAAAAAACACAGCAGCCAUCAGUCAGACUUCAAACGAGGACUGACUGAUGCUGUCAUCACUGUUAGGAAAAAAGAUGAACAGUAACGGAAAGUAACUGAGUACAUUUACUCAAGAACAGUACGUAAGUGCAGUUUUGUGGUACUUGUAGAUAACUCCAUCAUUUCCAUAUUGUACUUUCUACUCCACUCCACAGAGUAGUGCUUAUUUUUGUACAGCUUUAGUUAUUAGUUACCUUUAAGAUGAAGAUUUUACACGAUGGAUGAUAUAACAAGCUUUUCAAAAUAUAACAUUUUUAAAAUGUGAAACUCGCUCUCCGGCCUCUGAUGUCUUACAAAAAUCUGUGAUUAGUCAGGGUCACAUCUCAGAACAGGUCUGAUAUCUCACCAAAAAAUCAAAGAUUAGAGAAAAGAAGAAGAAAUUUGUAGCUGAAGUAGAUUUUUCCUCUUUCCUGAGCCAUUAAUCAUCUGCUGGCCCCCUCAGAUUUAUCCAGUGACCCUGUGUACAAAACUCUCAACAUGCACCUCCAGCAGCUACGACGGCAUCGUGCUGCUAACACACUGAUGCUUCAGUAUUAUUAAUUUAGUUAUGUCAUAUAUUAUAAUAGGGACCAAAACCAGUACUUUUACUUUAAUACCUAAACAACAUUUUGCUGCUAACACUGACCAGAUUAUUUACAUUAUAGUUAUGGUGUGCGGUCUUUUGUGUGCAUGUGUAAAAAACUUUUGAAGGUGUAGCACUGUGUAUUAAAUUGUAACAUUAGAGUCAAGUAACACAUGCUCUCCCUCCAAAAAUAAGACAACAAAGCAACAAAAUCUGCCUUUUCGGAUUUCGAUACAACUUUUGCCUGUUACUCAGUUUUCACUCUGGCCUUGUUCCCGACUCCACCCUCCGAUACACGAGUCCCUUUAGUUGUACAUGUGUUCUUGUCAUGUGAUUGUUUUCAGACCUCCAUGCCCUUGAAGUGGAGCUGUGGAUCCACUGUUUUUGCACUAGACUCACACCCCAAGAGUUCCGAUUGUUACCGGGCGAACCUCCCUCUUUGUAUGAAGGUUUUCAGUUAGGAUUAUUUUUGCCACAACAUUUCCGACGUACUCAUUGACGUGUUUCAAGAAAUGUAAUCAAUCUGUGAGACCUGACUGAACACCGGUCUGGAAUCUGGAUUGAAUGUGGGUUGUAUGAAAGUUCACGCACACCACUGUUUCAGGCUAAAUUAGCACCACGUGCCUCGUUUUAAAAGGUUUUUUGUCAAGUCCUGGGUUGCUUUUCACAGCCGGUGUAUGUUUCUGAGCACCAAACAAUGCUCCACAAUCAAUCUGUGAAACAGAAUCUCCUCCUCCUCUCAGGCUAUCUGUACGGGGUUAGACACCAUGUGAUACUCUGCAGGGUGAUCUUGUUUUGUCUUUGAUCCAGAUUUUCUUCUUUUAAAUUCAGCGUAACCACCGGUGACUCAGCAGACAAACGGUCUCUGGGGUGAAACAAAAAGUGAAAAAGACUGUAAUUAUUGUUGAAUUAUGAAUAUGUUUUAAAAGACACUGUCGAAGAUGCUGUUUUGUUGUAUGUUUUCCAUUUUGCUGAACCCAGGCCAAUGUUUGGACCCCAGGAGCAGUACAUAUCAGGGGGCUGUAAUUACUGGCUCCUUACAAUGUGUCAAGUUUAUCACUGCGUAAUUAGGGUUUCCUCUCAUUUUUUCUUCACGAUGUCUCAGGGACAGACUCUGUGGGCUACUGGUAACCUUGAGAAUCUGUUACAUGGUUAGAAGAAGAGCAGCGUUUUCACCCGUUUAUUUAUGACGAAACCUCUCGGCGUUUCCUCAACUUAUUUACUUUCAUUACAGUUUAAAAUUUCCUAUUGAACAAAUUCUCAGCACACACACACACACACACACACACACACACACACACACACACACACACACACACGUACGUAAGGGUACAGUUUGAGCAAGCAGUCCGAGGCUGACUUGCUGACUGGUGGUGACGGGGGGGCUACUGAGCAUGUAGUAAAUAGGCGUGUGAGGUGCACUGAAUGUGGUUGUGGUUAUAGUUUCCUGCGGAUCCUGAACGCUGAGCCAGUCCCCGUAGUUCCCCUCGUCUCACCAUUGGCUCUUGACUUCCUCCCUGUGCUGCUCCUUUCAUUACGUUGGGUUAUUGUUCAUCGGCAAAUUUUUUAUUUGUAAUUAAUUUUUUUCUCCCCGUUCUUAUUUAUUUGUUUGUAUAUUUGCCCAUUUAUACUGUAUACACUUGUGUGUGCAAUUACUUCUUAAUUUCCUUCUUCUUCUUUUUUUGAAUGGUGGUCUUUGACUUUUAUGUGCUUCAGUUGUUUGUCUCUGUGCAGAGCAAAGUUGGCCCGCAUGGUGCCUGAUAUGACUUCAUGACCCUCAACAUCAACCGUUUUCGUAUGACUCAUCCCUUGUAGGUUUAAGGCUAUAACAGGUUUGUAGUUUGUCCUUCUAUGAAGACCAGCAGCUGUGGUCACUUUGAAUUCAUAUUUUUGGAAAGCAUAGUAACCAAAAUGCAUUUACAAUGACCUCAGCUGCUUCGCUUCACGGUAAAGACACCGACAAACCUCGUACACCUUUCAAGCCCACGGGGCUACAGGGUGUUUGAUACUUUGAAAAACACACACACACACAACGACUGUGGGUGGAGUAUUUCACUUAAAGGUUGUGAUUUUCCAGGGAUGGGCCCAACUAAUUCAGACCUUUUUCACAAUCUCUCCGCCUCCUCUCAAUUCACCCGUGGUCACAUUCACAAUAUGUCGUGUAGAAACGGCAGUUUAACCUUCGAUGUGAGUCAUCACCGCUCCCACCCACUGAUAAUGAUGCAGAUGUCAUUACAAGUGCUUCAAAAUACACACACACACACACACACAUAAAAAAAAGGUUGCAUUCAUAUUCUCCUCAAGUCACAAGGGCGUUAAGUUUAUGUGUUCAAUUUCUUUAAUCUUGAUCAUUGUGUUGAAAUCAACAUGCACUGGAAAGUACUUUGUAUCUCGAGAUCCCAUGGGUCCCUUGUCUGUCGUGUGUUAAUAUAUAGUAUACGCUUUUUGAUUGUUUUCUUGGGCUAAUCUUGCCAUGCGUCCUCCGUCUAUCUGUGCAUUGACCAAGUAGGCUCUGGACUCACGGGCUGUUGGAGCUAUUGGAAAGGGAAACAAGCCACCGUGGUGCCCUGUAAUAUUUUGUUAGAAUGAGGUUCCCAAAACUGCACUCGUCACAUUGUUUGUGAGUGUGGGGAAUCCCUAGAGGGGGAUAUGUGUUUUAUGGAAACCGCAGUGUCUUGAAUUUUUGUAGUCCACUUUAUAUAAAUUUGAAGUUUUUGAGGAAGGUUUGGAUUUUUUUUUUACAGUAACAUUUCUUCUCCGUGGUCUUUCUUAACUUUUUAAAAAUGUAUUUUCUUAAGAGAAAAAAAGGGUCUGCUUUAUAAGGACAGUUCAUGAGUGUAAAAUAAUUUUUAAUGCGAGUUGGAUGCUUAUGAAGUCCGUGAGAUCAAGGGCAUUUUUUUGUUUUUUAAAUGAAAAAUGAACUUGCAACAUUCCUUGCACAUCUCAUCGUGGUGUAUAAAACAAAGCCAAGCAAACCAAGAUGUUGUUUCAUGGUUGGGGUUAAUUUGGCUCAUGAGCUCAUAGCUAUGAAAUGUCUGCCCUUCUUCACAGAACAGGUAAAGUGUAAAUGUAUUUCUAAAAACCCUGGAAUAUGCCUUUAAUAACUGCUCAGUUUCAGCAAAGUCUUGAUUAUCACACACUCUCUGUAUACCAAGAAAGGAGACCCAGCGAAAAUGUAGCAUUUUUGUAAACAUUGACUGUGUGUUUUCGAGACUCUACUGUGCACUCACUUUUUUUUGUGUUUAUAUAUAUUUUGGUUGUUGAUAUAAUAUGGAAGACAAUUUGUUAUGUAGUGCAAUAUGCUGUACAUACAGAGCUUUGCUCUACAAAUCUUUUUUUUCUGGAUUUCUUGUUGUUUAUUGGUACUUUUUUCAAUAAAAAAUUUAUUGAAGGUUUCAAA